AUGCAAAAUUUUCCUCAUCAAGAACUUAGUUUUAACUUUCAACUCUCUCUCUCACACAAAAUUGCGGACGAAAAUCUUGAACGAGCGAGGGCGCCGGGGCCGGGGCCGGGGUGGGUCGGCGCAUACGCAUCGAGCGCGAAGGUAAUUAUCAUCACUAUCGCGUUGUUCCUCGCCUUCGUCGUUAUCACGGUGUGCCUCCACCUCUACCUCCAUCGGUAUUACUACAGGCAGCAACGCCGCCGCCGGAUCACGCGCCACCUCCGCGAGUUCAGGCUGAGCCCCGUCCCCAUCCCCCGCCACGUCAUGCUUUCCUCGGGCGACCAAUACGGCCGCCUCGAGGAGGCCGUGGUGAGAUCGCUCCCGGACUUCGUGUACCACGCGGACCCGGAGCUCCCGGACUGCACCGUGUGCAAGUUGGAAUUCGAGGAGAAUGAUGAGGUGCGGCUGCUUCCCAACUGCCAACACUGCUUUCAUAAGGAAUGCGUAGACAUGUGGUUCCUGUCUCACUCCACCUGCCCGCUCUGCCACUCGCCGGCCGAGCCGGUGGACGCCUCGGCGAAGAAGGAUUUGGAGAGUGGCAUCGUUUAG